CUGAAGUCUCUAGUCUGCGUUCGGAUCGUCUUCUUUCCAGUUCAAUAUUUGUCCAACUUUGCGACCAGGACUCAGGAGGCGGAUGAUGGUGGCUUGAAUAGGUACUGUGUCCCUUGGUACUUGUUGUAGCGGCGCCUUCUGAGGAGGAGACUCAUUUUGGACGUUUUCUUUUUGGAUUGGGUGUGAUUCUAGGUGGUAUCGUUUACCUGGAGUUGCAGUCAAGUCAGCCAAAAUGGUGAAAGUGUCCGUCAAAUGGCAGAAGGAGGAGUUUGCGCUGGAGGUGGACGAGACGCAGCCACCGGUGGUCUUCAAGACACAGUUGUUCAGCUUGACAGGAGUACCACCGGAGCGCCAAAAGAUUAUGGUGAAAGGAGGAUUGCUUAAGGAUGAUGGAGACUGGAACAAGGUGGGGCUAAAGGCUGGGCAGAAGUUGAUGAUGAUGGGGACUGCCGACAAGCUACCAGAGGCGCCGAAGGAUGCACCUGUCUUUGUUGAGGAUCUGCCGGAGGAUCAACAAGAAGCCGCGCUUACGAAAGAUGCAUCCGUCGGGCUCAUCAACCUGGGCAACACGUGCUACAUGAACUCCACCAUCCAGUGCCUGCACUCUGUGCCGGAGCUCAAGGAUGCGUUGUCCCUCUACAAGCCACAGGAUGGCAUCGGCGCAGACAACAACCACAAGCUGACUCUCGCAGCCAAGGCCCUCUUCAAGGAGCUUGACACUAGCUACAAGCCAGUGAUGCCGUUCAACUUUCUGAUGCUGUUCCGCCAGUUGUACCCUCAGUUUGCACAGACGGGCGAAGGUGGCGCGUACAUGCAGCAGGACGCCGAAGAAUGCUGGUCGCAGUUCAUCUAUGCGCUGUCUACUCGGCUCCGAGACACUCAGGGUGGCGGGUCAAGUGCCGUAGUGAACGACCUGUUUGGUAUCGACAUGACGAGCACUUUGAGGUCGGAGGAGAGCGGGGAGGAGAGCACAGAGGCGGAGACGGUCUACAAGCUGGGAGUGCACAUCUCAUCGGAGGUCAACUACGUCCAUGAAGGCAUCAAGCAUGGCUUGAAGGGUGAGCUCGAGAAGAACUCGUCGGUACUCGGGCGCAGCGCAGUAUUCCAGAAGACGUCCCGGAUCAGCAAGCUGCCGCAGUACCUGACGGUGCAGUUUGUGCGCUUCUUCUGGAAGAAGGACACGCAGAAGAAGGCCAAGAUUCUCAGGCCCGUUCAUUAUCCGAUGAACCUGGACGUGUUCGACUUCUGUACGGAAGAGCUGCAAGAAAAGUUGAAGCCCGCUAGAAAGAAGCUACGCGAACAAGAGGACUUGAAAGCGGGCCUCGAGAAGAAGAACAAAGGAAAGGGGAUCGAAGGGGCAACCUCAGCAACGGAUGCGAAGGAGGAGAAGGUGGCCGGAGACACGGAGAUGAGCGAGGCGCAUGAGGUUGCGACUGCGGAUGCCCCGAAAGAGACGUCUACAGCAGACAGCAAAGGCGCGGGGCCUUCUUCGUCGUCAUCGGAAGCAGCGGGGAGCAGCAAAGAACUGACAGGCAUCUACGACUUGUGGGCGGUUCUCACGCACAAGGGGCGGAGCGCUGAUUCGGGACACUAUACUGCGUGGGUAAAGCAAGACAAGGGAGGGUGGACGUUGUUUGAUGACGACAAGCCCAUACCGCAAAGGGAGGACGACAUCCUGAAGCUUGCUGGAGGAGGUGACUGGCACAUGGCUUAUAUUUGCCUCUAUAAAGCCCGAGUGCCCUCAGCUUAGAUUAGCGAUGGAUCAAGGCAGAUUCUUUCCGGAAGGUUGGACAUGCGCUGAUUGAUGCUUCUUCUCAAUGCCGCUUCACAAGAUUGGGGAAGUCACUUUCGGCUUUCGAUUGUCAGCGCUAAAUGUUUCCAUCAUGAUGCGGCGUUG